UGGGCCCUUAAAUUUGUCAGCAGCUCUGUGUGUGGAGAGAAAACACAGGUUCCCUGGUGAUCAGCAACAGCUACAUCCCGGAACAGUGUGUACCUUAUAGCAGAGGGUUGCUAAAUUAGAAGGUGACUCCUCUCGAACAGCUCUUAUCUCGGCGGCUGGCACCAGAGCAAAAACAUCCUGGACUGUGGUGGUGGUGUCUGCCCAGAACUGGUCCCAGAAGGCGUCGUCGGUGGCUUCCACUGGCUGGGGAAGACAUCCAUUGCACGUUAGUCCUGAAUAUAUAGGGUUUUUGUUUUUCAUGCUGAAUAGAUCAUGUGCCUUCGGUGUGUUAUUGUCUUGCAUAAUUGCUCAGGUCUGUCUGAGGACUAUGUCAACACGGCCCUUUAUUCAAACAGAAGUGCUCAGCCACACCUGCCACACUGCGAUAUCUCCGAGCUGCCUCUGAUUUAUCAUUCUGUUCUGUAAACGACCCGCAAUUACUCGAUCGACUGACCGAUCAGUGGCGGAUCGGCUCAAUUCGACGUCUCUCUGAAAUGUCGAGGUUGCGACUGUGCUAUUCGCGCGUGAGAGCAGAUGGUGGAGAACGUCAGUUGAUACACAAACACCCUGCGGUGGUUAAACGCGUCGCCUGAUCUCCUCGGCGAUGCGUUCACGCACCGCUUCUUAGAAUAAACCGAUCGCGGAUGCGCGCCGCGAUAGCGAGGCCGAGUACCUGUGUUUUGGUCGUCAGCUGAAUCACCGCCUUCCUGAAGUUCAGCUUGGAAUCGCUGCUCCCCAUCGCGACUGUUCCCCUGCGCUCUGAUGCUUGUGCGAAUCCCCGUUAAUCCACUCCGUCCUCCGCUUGACUCAUAGAGGUGGGCGGGGUGGUCUUUUUUUUCCUUUUUUGAGGGGUUCGAAUGAACACACGGGACACCACGAAACAUCACAUUUUCAAUAUAAAUAUGCGCUGAGCGGGGUUAAAUUCAAUUGUGCCUGUCCUUAAAACUAUAAGCUUUAUUACAUGUCGGCCAUUCGACGUUGAAUUGCCAGUUUUGCAAUGGAUCUAUUGCCUUUUUUUAAUCACAUAUUGUAUUGUCAUGAGGGGGCUGUUUUUUUUGUUUGUUUGUUUCCUGGUGUACAUUUAUCCUAAAUAUUAUUUUAACACCCCCGCGACUACCACUGACAACGUACUUAAAUGCACCAUGUUAGUUGUGCGCAGCCGCAGGUGAAACCAUUCUGUUCCUUUACGUGACGCGUUAAAUUGUUUCUAUGCGAGUAAAUACAAAUGUAUGCCUGUGAAUCAUCUCCUGAGUCAACGACUAUUACAUCUAUAUGACCGUUUCCAACCGACUGAUCAUUUUAGGAAAUUCGUUUUACACCUCUUUUGUUGAAUGGUUUUGACGUGAGGGAAAAAAAACGAGCUUCACGCGAACGUACCGUUGCGUUUUCCGCGCAGCCGCAGAGCCAUGUAAACACAGCGGCUAAUGCUGGUUCUGGCCGACUGUGUUUUAGGUGGAAAGUGAAACUGUUCAUGAAUUUGAAUCAUAUUUGAUGUUAAAGCGCGUUGUGCUAAACUGGACUUCACUACGGUCACUACAUCAGCCAGCCGUCCAGGGGAACCAAAAGGAAAGCACAGCUAGUGAGCGCUUACAUUGUCAUAGCGUUAGCUCGUAGCUAAUGCUAAGUCUAGAAGCUGACGUUCUGCUCUGAAUAACCCAACUACUACAGUUUUUUUAUUCGUUUUUACGUCAACAUGGGAAACUUCAUCACAUAAUCUGCGGCUUGGGGGAUAUCUUCCGAGCGUAGGCCGUCGACUGGAGUGAGCGAGCUGGGUCCAGACUGUCUGGUCCGAAGACAAAAAGAGGCUCGUUGGAAUCGAUGCUCUCAGGGUUAUCACAUGUUGACUGACAACAGGAAGCGGCGGCGCUGUGGCAGUGAUAGUGAUGGCGGUCAACAGGCACCUCAGGCCAAACGGCAACAGAAGUCUCCUGAACCAGGACAAGACGCAUGCGACUCAAAGGUAUCUAACGGCGAGAGCUGCAGUGUGGGCAGUCCAGGCCACGCUGCCGAGGGCUUCACCAGCCCGUGUGUCAUCGGUGCCAGCAGUCCACUUCACUGCGGCGACUCCGCCAAAGGCGGCAGCCCCCCGAAGCCUGAGCCCUAUCUGCAGAUCAACCGCAUCCUGAAGGAGGCGCACUUGCACAGCCUGCAGAGCCGAGGUCAGGUCCACAGCGACCUCAUGUGCCCCUAGGGUCUGCAGAGCGAGGCAGUGCUCCGCCACGUGCUGCUCAGAGCUCUGUGGUGGACAGCUCACCGGAGCAUCUCUCGUCCGCUCAGUGUGAGCAGUUUAGGGUCCUAGUCGAGUACUUGUGGAAUCUGAGGUCUCAGGGAGCGUGCAGGGUUUUUUCUUCACCAGUCCGUCAUGGGCGUGGUUGGCAGCGUUCCCAAAGUUUACAGGUUUCUCAAAGUACUGUCCCCAAGGAGUGUCACAUCCAUUUCAAUUUGAACGGCGACAUAUUUACCUUUCUCAUCCAAAUACAUCGUAUUAAGAUAGAGCGGCGGAGUGAUCACAUUUGUGUAUCACACAGCAGGGACGCGCGCGCACGCACGCGCCUGUGCUGGAGGGGCUGCCAAAUCAUCACCUUCAAUGUGAAGCAAUAUCAGUCGGUGUUGCCUUGUGUGUCGUGUCAACUCCUCUAUGCAGUUCUUUUAGUUCUUUACUUAGUGCAGAUCUUCUUUUAGACUUUUGGAAUACAAGGUUUCCUCCUGCAUUUGUCAUCAAAUGCUCGACAUUCUUUGCAGUGUUUGUGAGUCGAUCCGUCGAUUAGAGCAGCUUCAGUAGUUGACAACAUUCCGUGGUUCAGUUCUGAGCCCUCUGCAUCCAGGUGCCACACAGACUGAGCUCACUUCCUCAUCUAUGGAUGAUCUGAAAUAAAUGGAUUAUUUUUGCAAUGAUAUAUAUUUUGUAAUUAGUGUACAUGACAUCGACAUGCCUUUUUGUUUUUGUACCUUCAUUAAAGGAGUCGUUUUUUCAAUGAAGACUCAGUAGUUCUGGCUUCCUCAUUUGCAUUUCCAAAAUCCAUCCAGUUUAGAAAUGCCAGUCGGGGUGAUGCGUUCAGGUGCUGUCGGAAAUUCCAUUGAUCUGGGUGGAGUUCACCAGACAGGACGUGGUCACUGUCAAGUGUAGUUCUAUCACUGACCCGUAGAGGACAGCAGACU